GUGCAAUCAUACGAUAACAUUGUAAAUUUUGUGAAUCCAAAGUUUAAUCGUAAAAGAAGCAUUAAAUAAAUAAAAGAUACAAAGCACGAAUAUGGAUGACGAUGAUCAGUAUCAAGCUGGUUAUGAUGUAGGUUCUUUUCCUAAAGAUUUUGGGUAUGCCCCAUUUGAUGGAGAAACAGAGGGAUCUAUGGAUCCUUUAGCAGGAGAACAAAAACCUAGAAUAUUAUUAAUGGGCCUUCGUAGGAGUGGAAAGUCAUCAAUACAAAAAGUAGUUUUUCAUAAAAUGUCACCAAACGAAACGUUGUUUUUGGAAAGCACAAACAAAAUUAUCAAAGAUGAUAUAAGCAAUUCUAGUUUUGUUCAAUUCCAAAUUUGGGACUUUCCUGGACAAAUUGAUUUCUUCGAUCCUACUUUUGAUAGUGAUAUGAUAUUUGGUGGUUGUGGAGCACUAGUUUUUGUUAUCGAUGCUCAAGAUGAUUACAUGGAAGCGCUUAAUAAACUUCAUUUGACAGUUACAAAAGCAUACAAAGUUAAUCAAGCAAUAAAAUUUGAGGUGUUCAUACAUAAGGUUGAUGGCUUAUCUGAUGAUUGUAAAAUGGAAACACAAAGAGAUAUACAUACUAGAGCGAAUGAUGAUCUUGCAGAUUCUGGAUGUGACCAAAUACAUCUGAGUUUUCAUUUAACAUCCAUAUAUGAUCAUAGUAUAUUUGAAGCAUUUAGUAAAGUUGUACAAAAAUUGAUACCACAAUUACCAACUCUAGAAAAUUUAUUAAAUAUACUCAUAUCAAAUUCUGCAAUUGAAAAGGCAUUUUUAUUUGAUGUAGUGUCUAAAAUUUAUAUUGCAACUGAUAGUUCUCCUGUAGACAUGCAAAGUUAUGAACUGUGUUGUGAUAUGAUUGAUGUUGUUAUAGAUGUAUCUUGCAUAUAUGGUUUGAGAGAGGAUUUAGAGGCUGCAGCAUUUGAUAAUCAAAGUUCUAGUUUAAUCAAAUUAAAUAAUGGAACAAUUUUAUAUUUGCGAGAAGUUAAUAAAUUCUUGGCUUUAGUCUGUAUUUUGCGUGAAGAUAAUUUUGACAGACAAGGUGUAAUUGAUUAUAACUUUCUUUGCUUUCGUAAAGCUAUACAACAAGUCUUUGAAUUGCGUAAUAAAGCUUUAACUACUACAAAUGUUAAUAAUCAUUCAACACCACCUAUUAAUUUGAAUGAAACUACAAAUGCACCUACAGUAUCACAAAGUGGAACAAUGGGACAAAAUGGUACCGUUGUAAUUGCACAGAGUUUUGGCCAGAAUAGAAUUUUUCUUUAAAUUAAAUAGAAAAAAUUAUUCACUUUUACUUUAAAUACUAUUACGAUAAUAUAUUUCAAUCAUGUUAUUCAUAACUUAAUUUUAUAAAUAUUUACUUAAUA